UUAUUGCAGUCUGCAGUGUGGAUAAGAAUUAAGUCAACAAGGAUCGAUUCCAAACAUUUCAGUGCUUCAUUCAUUCUUACAACGAAUCGAACGUGUGUUUAAUCUACAAAAUUUAUGUUGUCACUUUUAUAAUAAAAGAUACGAAGCUAAAUGGAAAAGGCGAUUCUGACAGUUCGUUCAUUCAUGAUUCUUGAGUGAUUCUCCGAGUGUCUGUUUUGAGAUAUUAGUUUAAUUAAUAGUUUUCACCGAUAUUAUCUCAUUCCUAAUAUACGUUCCUACGUUAUAUACAUUCGUAAAGAGUUUGUCGCAUGUAUUGUUUGGGAAAAUCACGAGUUCCUGUGUUAUUGUCAACGUGUCGAAAUCCUUACUUGCGAUACGACAUUACGUUCGUAUGCACAGAUCUGGAAACUCCAGUGGUAGGAGUAACGCUUUUAGUAUCCGAAGGUGUGCUUUACAAAUCAGCCGCUAGCCAUAGCGCUGGGAUCGAUUUAUUAAACUUUUACAAUUAACGCCAUCUUCAACAUCUUUACCACUAAAGAUAAAGAAUGUUGCAGACACAAGUCGCGCUGCACGACGAAGCCUAACAAUUUGAUUGAAGCGCCUUACUUGAGAAACAUUUUCUAGCUCGUAAGAGUUUCGCCCUCUCUACUGAAGUUUCCAAAGCUGUGUUGUACUGUAGUAUACUACUGUAUACAAUCAUAUACGUCAGCGUGCAGAUGAUGCGUUCACUGUCAAUGGUUUGGCCCAAUAGCGUUACAUACACGUACGAGCCGGAUGUAAUUGUGAUUGUACCCCAUACCUAUACGAAAUCUCAUGUCAUAAGAGACAGGAGCACGCUGUAGUGAGGCUCAGACUGUGAUUCACAGUAACUCAGAGCAAUACGAAGUUAGCAAGUGACAUUCUGAUCGCUUUCCACUUUACGUUUAAUCCGAUUAACUUACGUGGCGGGUAUUCGACAACAGAAACAACAUGUGCGGAAUCUUUGCGUAUCUCAAUUAUUUGACGCCGAAGAGCAGGAAGGAGAUCCUCGAGCUGCUGGUUGGUGGAUUAAAGAGGCUAGAAUAUCGAGGCUAUGAUUCGGCAGGUGUCGCCCUUGAUAGCGCCGAUGGCAAGGAUAUCUCGAUUAUUAAAAAGCAGGGAAAGGUCAAGGCGCUCGAGGAAGAGAUCUUUUAUCGUACCAAUAUCGACUUCGAGUCGAAGGUUUACAGCCACGUGGGUAUCGCACACACUCGUUGGGCGACUCAUGGUGUUCCAUCUGAAGUGAACUCGCAUCCUCAAAGAUCCGAUGUCGAACAUGCUUUCGUUGUGGUGCACAAUGGUAUCGUGACAAAUUACAAGGAAGUGAAGACGUUGCUUCACCAAAGAGGCUACAGCUUCGAGAGUGAAACCGACACGGAAGUAAUCGCUAAGCUGAUCCACCAUCUCUGGGUACAACAUCCGGGUUACUCGUUCCGCGAGCUAGUCGAGCAGGUUGUUCAACAAUUGGAAGGUGCGUUUGCACUGUGCUUCAAGAGCAAAUAUUUCCCCGGUGAAUGUGUGGCGACGAGAAGAGGAUCACCGCUGCUCGUGGGUAUUAAGACAAAAACGAGAUUGGCCACCGAUCACGUGCCUAUCCUGUACGGAAAAGAUCAUCGUCCACAUGGUCGUACUGAACUUCCGGUUAUACCACGCAGUGAAAGUACUUCCAAAUUUCAACCCUUGGAGGACAAAGAAGUCGAAUAUUUCUUCGCAUCUGACGCCAGUGCUGUGAUCGAACAUACAAAUCGCGUUAUAUUUUUGGAGGAUGAUGACGUAGCCGCAGUGAAAGAAGGUGCUCUCAGCAUCCAUCGACUCCGUCGAUGUAUGGACGAUCCCCAUGCAAGAGAAAUUACUACCUUAAAGAUGGAAAUCCAGGAGAUCAUGAAGGGUAACUAUGAAUAUUUCAUGCAGAAGGAAAUUUUUGAGCAACCUGAGUCGGUGGUGAACACCAUGAGAGGACGUCUGAACUUCAGAGACAACUCUGUUACAUUGGGAGGCAUCAAGGAUUACAUUCCUGAGAUUAAGAGGUGUAGACGUCUUAUGCUGAUUGGUUGUGGAACAAGCUACCAUUCUGCUAUUGCUACCAGACAGCUUUUGGAAGAAUUAACUGAACUACCAGUUAUGGUCGAAUUGGCUUCUGAUUUCUUAGACAGGAAUACACCAGUGUUUAGAGAUGACGUUUGUUUCUUUAUCUCACAGUCUGGUGAAACAGCAGACACGUUAAUGGCUUUGCGUUAUUGCAAAGGACGUGGAGCUCUGAUUGUUGGUAUUACCAACACGGUAGGCAGUAGUAUCUGUCGUGAAUCACACUGUGGUGUUCAUAUAAACGCAGGUCCUGAGAUUGGUGUUGCUAGUACCAAGGCUUACACUUCCCAGUUCAUUUCUCUUGUAAUGUUUGCUUUAGUUAUGAGUGAAGACAGAAUCUCCCUUGGUAGUAGGCGUCAAGAGAUUAUCGAAGGAUUGAAAAAUUUGGAUAAUCUCAUUCGUCAAGUUCUCCAACUUGAUGAAAAGGUUAAAGAAUUAGCCAAGUCUUUGUUCCAACAUAAAUCUUUGCUGAUCAUGGGUAGAGGAUACAACUUUGCUACGUGUAUGGAGGGAGCUUUGAAAGUUAAAGAAUUGACAUAUAUGCAUAGUGAAGGUAUCAUGGCAGGUGAAUUGAAACAUGGUCCACUAGCGCUCGUUGAUGAUUCAAUGCCUGUAAUAAUGAUCGUCAUGAGGGAUCCAGUUUAUGUGAAAUGCAUAAACGCCUUACAACAGGUUACGGCCAGAGAUGGAAAACCGAUCCUUAUCUGUGAGGAAGGCGAUGAAGAAACGAAAAUGUUCGCUGAUAGAAUUCUUGAAGUACCCAAAACAGUGGAUUGUCUCCAAGCAAUCCUUGCAGUCAUUCCACUACAAUUGCUAUCUUUCCACAUCGCGGUUCUUCGCGGAUGUAACGUCGAUUGUCCGAGAAAUUUGGCGAAAUCAGUUACGGUUGAAUAAAAGAUCAACCUACAUUCAUUAAAGAUUUAUUAAAACGCAGCAUACCAUGCUUGGUUGUCAACUUCAGAUUUCAGCAACUUAUUGAGAAAAUAUCGUUAUUAUAACUGCGUUUAUCCAUUACGAAAGAUAGGAAGAAGACAGACGGAACGAUUUUUGAAACACGCCGUGAUAUUCUCGUGAUAACAUGAAAAUGGUCAUCGACUAUAUUUAAUACGUUUCUAAGUACUUAGUAAUUAUAGCUUCGUAUUAGAAUACGAGCAAAAUAGACUUAGGAAGUAUUUAGGUUAGCCAUUUGGACCAUCGUUAGUCUUUAUACAUAAUCUUACGAUAGAAGACGAGUACUUUAAAAAAGAAAGAAACUCAACGAAGACGUUCCUUACGUGGGUAACAUUAAUUGAGUUCCCAGUGACCCCAGUGCAUUUAACGGUUGUGUAUAUUCAUAUCAAUCGGUAAAAUACGAAAGGAAGAGAAUGUAACGCUUUUCAGAUCAUAAGUCAAUUGUGAUUCUAUCUCUUUAUAAUCAAGUUGAAUAAGACUGCGGUAGAAAAAAGAGAAAUUGUUACUGUAUCGCGAACUUGUGCUCUAUGACGUUUACAUGUGGUUAUUCUGAAAAGUGUUUGUAUGCGUGUGUAUGUGGCUGUGUGUACCUCGUAAAUCUCAAUGUAGAUGAAAAAAAGCAACCAUAAUGUAUUGAGAGAAUUAGAUAAUUGAUGAAAACGAAUAAUUUAUGAACACGAUGAUCGUCACGAUAUUCACUUUAUGGUGUUUAUCGUAUACUUUGAGAAAUUUAUAUUUUGUACAGUAUUUAAGAGAGGAACAAAUAUGAAAUUUGAUAUCUUACCUUCCACUUUUGUUAUGGAAGAUAAAUUAACAACUUAUACGUGAAUUUUAUUACCAAUGUGAUACAUUCAUGUUCAAGUUAAAAAGAAAUUGUUGUAUAAAGUUGACUUUACUACAAUUUUUCAGUUCCAUGCAGUAGAAAAUCCUCGUCUUAUCUCUUAGCUGUAGAAAGUUCAUUUGAUUCAAAUAUAAUCAUGGAAUAAAUGCAAUUAUUAUAUGAAUUACUUGAGGUGUUGGAAAGAUAAACACGACCGUUUAUAGUUUUGCCUAUAAAGAUAUGUAAUAACUUCUGCAAUAUAUCGAGCGAUAAAUAAACUCUAAGGAAAUAUAAAUAAUAAAUAUAUAUAUAUAUACAUAUACAUAUAUAUAUAUAUAUAUAUAUAUAUAUAUAUAUAUAUAUAUGUUAUUCAUAUUAAGUUACUAUAAUAUAUGUUGGACAAAAGAAAAUGCACAUUUAACAAAUAUAUAAUUUUUUUUUAAACACGUCAAUGGCCAUAAUUGAAAUAUAAAUGUAUCAAAUAAAUUGUUAAAAACAAAUAUACAAA